AUGAAGUCCUUCACCCUCGCCACCGUCGUCGCCGCCCUCGCCUCUUCGGCCUCGGCCGUCCCCAAGCAGCCCAGCCCAGCGCAGGUCAACCUGAUCGCGAUCAACCACUCGGUCAGCGGCGCGCACACGGACCAGCUAAUUGCCAUCGACAUCGCCACCCUGACGCACAAGGACAACGUGCCGAUCACCGGCUUCGCCGUCGACAGCAUCUCGGUGACGGUGCCGGCGGCCCCGGGCCAGGCCGCCAUCACCAAGGACGACAUCGUCUGCCAGCGGUUCCAGGACCGGUGGGGCACCCAGCGCGGCAGCGCCGCCUUCACCAGUGCGAAGAACGCCUCCGUCAGCACCAACUCGGUCGAUUUCGGCUACGUCCUCUGCUACGUCACGCCCACCGCUUAA